AUGGACCAGAAGGUGCUUGAUAGCAUCAUAACGAGGCUGGUGGAAGUGCGGAACUCCAGGCCGGGGAAACAGGCGCAGCUAUCAGAGGACGAGAUCCGGCAACUCUGCCUCCAGUCGCGGGAAAUAUUCCUGAAGCAGCCCAACCUUUUGGAACUCGAGGCACCCAUCAAGAUCUGCGGUGAGCCAUAAUCUGCAAUUUUCCUUGGUUUUCUUUCUUAUCUGAAUUUCGCUGUUAUAUUACCUUCUUUAUGGGUAUCUGUUUGAUUUUUCUGCUGUUUCUAGAUACCUUUUCUUUUAUCUGUUUACAUUUUUUUAUAAAUGUCGGGUUUUCCAUAUCCACGGAGUAGAUUAUAUUGAUGAUUAGGUGUGUGUCCUGGAGACAAAUCUCUCACAACGUUUCAUCCUCAAGAUCUUAGAAAACAAGAAAAGUAAAUUUGAGGGGAUAUCAAUUGCGGGGAGGCUUCGAGGGGGGCACCAAGAUGUUAAGUCAGAAAGCAGGGAACUCCAGGGAUACACGCGCGUAACUUGCCCCUCGCGGACUGUUCUUUAUACGCGUUAAUGUUUUCCCCCCCGAAAGUUUCUAUUUUUCUCCUAACUUAAAGUACAGGACUGUCGUUAUGAUUGUAUUAUCUGUUUACAGAGUGCUGUCUGCCAUGAAGUAACUAUUUUUCCAUUUACACCAUAUAUGCGAUGGGGAAUCGAGCAUUUAUUUUAUAAUUUUUAUUUAUUUCCGUAUGAAAAUCAUUGACCAAAUGGCUAACGGCACAAAUGGAAAUAAGGCAUAGCACAGGAUGCAUGUUUUGAACCCUGGAGAGUGGAAGAGAGCCCGUGCCACAUUCAUGAAUUUCAGCGCUGGUAUGUUUGAAUGUAUGGACCCCCCCCCCCUUCACGAGGCAAAUUUCUAGGUUCUUUAAGCCACAUGGUGUAGCCCUUUCUCAUAAUCAGAUGCCUCGUUAGCAUUUUUUACUUCAUGUUUUGCAAGAAAAAAUCGUCCAAUGCCAUUAAGAGUUCUGGAUAGUAUCCUAAUGUGACUGAUCAGAAAUGCCCUGAUUUUUCUCCCUUGAUUUUUGGAAACUCGGAAAUGGUGUAUGUUUUAUGGUGUUAGCACUCUGAAACUCAAUAUCUGACACCUUUUCUAUGUGCUUUUCAGGCGACAUUCAUGGACAAUAUAGCGAUCUCUUGAGGCUUUUUGAGUACGGAGGUUUUCCUCCACAGGCUAACUAUCUGUUCUUGGGUGAUUAUGUAGACAGGGGCAAACAGAGUUUGGAGACAAUAUGCCUUCUCCUGGCAUAUAAGAUUAAAUAUCCAGAAAACUUCUUUCUUUUAAGAGGGAAUCAUGAAUGCGCAUCGAUAAACAGGAUAUAUGGAUUUUAUGAUGAGUGCAAGCGCCGAUUUAACGUGAGAUUGUGGAAGGUCUUCACUGACUGUUUUAACUGCCUUCCGGUUGCUGCGCUUAUUGAUGAUAAGAUAUUGUGCAUGCAUGGUGGCCUUUCCCCUGAUCUGUUAAACUUGGAUCAAAUAAAAGUUCUGACCCGCCCCGCUGAGGUCCCUGACGCAGGUUUGCUAUGUGACUUGCUUUGGUCAGAUCCUGGUAAGGACACUCGAGGUUGGGGAAUGAAUGACAGAGGGGUUUCUUACACAUUUGGUGCUGAUACAGUUGCAGAAUUUUUAUUAAAGCAUGAUCUGGAUCUUGUUUGUCGUGCUCAUCAGGUUUUUGAUUCUCCCUUCAUCUUCUUUUGGUUGCUCAGUGUAAGGUAUGCUUAUCUGGUUUCAUGGACUUUUUUUUGGUCAGGUUGUUGAGGAUGGAUAUGAGUUCUUUGCUGAUCGACGGCUUGUUACAAUAUUCUCUGCACCGAAUUACUGUGGAGAAUUCGAUAACGCUGGUGCAAUGAUGAGUGUCGACGAAAGCUUAAUGUGCUCCUUCCAAAUUCUUAAGCCGGCUGAGAAGAAGGUGAAGAUGAAAAACUGA